CUCGACUUCGCGGCUCUCGCUCCUCCUCUCCUCCACAACAAACCAUCCCAACACAACACAACACUACCACCACCACCACCAACAACUUCGCUCGAUCACAACUCAGAGCCGCGUCUGUGUGCAGCUUCUUCUCGCUGUCAACAGUGCUUCAGCUUCAGACCUGUGUUGUUAUCCUGCCCUCUCUUUCCUCUCGAUCUGAGAGGCGACGUGCUGACAAUGUUUCGCCUUAGGGAAGGAGGCGUUGAGCCAGACCCUGUGUAUCCCGCCAAUCUCAAGGAAUUGGGAUACUUCGUCACUGACGAGGGCUUCAUCAAGCUAAUCGAAGACCCCAGACUGAACUUCAACUUCUAUCACACCACCGACCCUCGUCACAACGAGGUACAUCGGGAAGCCAUGCACAUUGUCACUCGCGCUGAGAUCUACUCCCGCCUUGAGGCCCUGGGUAUCUACCGCUACUACCUCCCAGGGUUCUCCAAAGAGCCUCCUCCGUCGUCCGAAUACCAACCACAUCUCCCCAUACUGGCUACUGAAGCCGACAUCCUCAAGACCCGAAAGCGAGUCAUCGUUAUUGUCAAUGAUAGCAGACAGGACUUGGGUAUUCUGGCAUACCGACUGUUGCAUCGCUCGGAAGGCCUCGAUGGUGGCUCGGUGGCCAAACUUGUCAAGGAAAUGGUGAAGCGUUCCACAGACGAACACACAAACAAGGCUGCUCAACUUUUGGCACAGCCGGGCGAUGUGCAUGAUGGAGGACCACCUGGCAUCAUUGUCCUGAACACUGGACAGCAGUAUUUCUCCUACAAGCGGAACGAGGCCAUGACCAUAACCUCUUGGCAAGCUUUACAGCAAAAAACGCGUAUCCAUGGAGAUAUCUCUAUUGCGGACGCGAACAAGGUGCCAGGCAACGAGACCCCACGAGACCAUAUCAUGUAUGUCUUCAAGCACAUCAUCGGCCGCAAAGAAUAUGUUCAUCCUGACGCUGAGCUGUACGUUGUUGGUAUUGAAUCCGGGGCAAAAGACCUCUUGAUGCUCAUGAACCGCAAUGAGAAUGUCGCCACCACGUUGUUCCCAAAUAGGACCCACUCAGCCCCCUUCCCAUCUCAGAUCAAAGCAAUGGCGUGCAUUCAGCCUGAUACUGCAGCCGAUGUGAUCACGAACCCACACCUCGCAUCUUUCCUUCGCCAUCGUACUCGUGCUUGGGUCAAGCCUGAGUAUGACGAGCCUGCCGGUAUGCCAGUGGCGAAGCCAAUCCAGGUCGAUGGCGCCUGGGUUCAGACAGAGCCGGAUUCAAGGCAGAAGAAGCUUAGUGGGGCAGCUAUGAUCUGGCCACAAAAUCAUAAGAUCUCCUGGCUUGAAGUGAUAGCAGAGCCGGAGACGGAGCCAAAGAAGCUGGGGAAGUUGCGAAAGAUUGCCUCUUCCGUGCAGGACAAGGUGCAGGACAAGUUGGACAUCUUGAAACCGAAGAAGAUAGUAUCCGCGCUUUCUCCAAAGAAAAAGGAUGCUACAGCUUCCUACGGCGAGGAGGCUGAUCCAACGAAGCCCGGGUCAACGAACGCAUUGCUGAGCUCUCCCACAGAAAUCGAUCCUCAUUCCCUUGGCGUCCUUGAUUCGCCUUCGCCUUCCUCCAGUAACACCAUAAGAGCCGCCGGUGAGCCAUCCAAAGAGCCUUUGUUCUCUCUCAUCGACGAUCCUUCUGUGGGUGACGAGAACGCCAGACCCACGACAGGCACCCAGCCUCAGCUUCCCUCUGACGAGCGCAAAGAAGAACUCGUCGAGCGCCCGAAGGCGCCUACGCCCUCAUCCAGUAAAAGCAAAGGACCAGCCACCGCGUCCACCGAAGGACCCACCACAUCCACCGGCACACCUUUACCCCUGGGCCCCAUCACGGAGGACACUGGCAAAUAUUUGCCCCCCGUGCCCGCGUCCGAGGACAAUCCUUUCGCCGCGUCUACCGAAGGAAUCCCAUUCGUCGACCCUACUCCCAGGUACAACGCCAAUACCCCCUUCUCCUCCUACUCUAACCCUAUCUGCCCCACAUUCUCUGGCGGUCCCGGCGUUGACGACGCUCCCGCCGACCACCCCGAAUGUGUGUUCCCGCGCGUGUUCAAAUCCGUCCUCGACUUCUUCGAGGAGGUCGCCCGGAACCCUGAGAACUACCGCAAUCCGGACAUCCCCGAGAUCGUGAAAUAUUUCCCUCCUGCGGAGGCCUCUGGAAGCGGUGCCAAGUAUCCCUCGGAGUUGGAUAGGCUGGCAGAGCUAGAACACGGGUGUUUGAUACGCGAUGAUGGAUCAAUCAGGGACCAGGGGGGUGAUGAGGGACCUGUAGGUGGUGCUGCCCCCAGCGGUGGUGCCCCUAACAGUGGUUCUAGUAUCGCUCCCUGGAAGACGCAGUGUGAGGGGCCUAUGACUGAGGUUGCUGGCCAAAAGGUUUCUGAGCAGGCGCUGAAGGAUGCAGGAUUAGACGUUGUUUGAUUGAGGGAGGUGUGGGACUGGCGAGCAGUGAGUAGGUUUUGCGAGGCUGGAUGGAUAUCCGACUAUCAGGUACGUGGUCGACAAAAAUGGGGUUCGAUUGUUGAUAGACUUUCUUUUCCGUGGGGCUGGACAUGCCUGAGAGAGUCUCUGAGGGGGUGGACUAUGAGGUUACUCGGCAUGGUUCCAGAAAGGCAUGGUCUAGCAUUGAUAGGGUUGGCAGUGGUAGCUAGAUAGGCUGAAUGCAAACAUCACUUUUUUUGAAUC